AUGGAUAUUAAUUUGGAAGAACGAGCAUAUACAUCCCCACUGUUACGGUACAUAUACCAGAAGAAUGAAUCAGGAAAGAAAAAUAACGAUGAAGAAAAAAAAUUUGGAUUCACACCAUUCAGUAUAAGACUAGGAAGUUUACCAAUAAAAAAUGCCAGUAACAAUAAAUAUAUGUCAAACAUAAAUUCAUUAAACAUUGUAAAUAUGUUACCAUUAUCUUUAUUCUCAAAUUAUAAUAGUAACAAUAUGAGUUCUACUGAUAUAUUAUUUUUACCAAAAUUUUCUACUUUUCUUUUUUUCACAAUUCCUAUUUUUGUCAUGUUGCCAAACCUGACUUUGUACACCAAGCAUUGGUUCUUUUUUGCUCCAAAGUAG